UUAGUUCUUCUGCCUCUGCUAGGCAUCACCUAUAUGCUUUUCUUUGUCAAUCCUGGUGAAGAUGACAUUUCCCAGAUCGUCUUCAUCUAUUUCAAUUCCUUCCUGCAGUCUUUUCAGGGUUUCUUUGUAUCAGUAUUUUACUGCUUCUUGAAUGGUGAGGUCCGUUCUGCUGCCAGGAAAAGAUGGCAUCGCUGGCAAGACCAUCACUCCCUCCGAGUGCGUGUGGCUCGUGCCAUGUCUAUCCCCACCUCUCCGACACGAAUCAGCUUCCACAGCAUCAAACAGACCGCAGCCGUGUGAUAUGCCCCGCACAUACACGCACCACCUGGUGGCCUUCAGGGUUCUUCUUUCUUCACUCUCCACAAGCCCCUUUCUUCAAACUUUCUUCCUUUAUUCUGCACUGCUCUCUUUUGCAAUGAGGUGCCCGUCGUAUUUUUGUGGACUCUCAUCUCCCAUGUUCGUGGUGCUGCUUUAAGGCAAAAGCCUCUUGGAGCAGGUGGUGGCGAAACAGAUUCAGAGAAGAAAGAGAUUCAGCACUGACUACACCUUGUGGAAGUUGACAAUACAAAGUCUAGAACAGCACACUGGCAGGAACAA